AUGAAUUCUCUACGCGUUAGACACCUGGAAAAUGCACUGAUACAAUAUGAGAAGAUUGGAAAUGGCCGAAUGGCCCUGGACUAUUUCUUGAGAUAUUAUUUUUACUCUAACAAAUUGACCAGCUCAUCUAAAGGAUGGAUUUCCGAUCAGAUUUACCAUAUUUUCCGCUGGAAAUCCUUAAUAGAAUAUGCGACAUCACCUCCACACUCCUGGCCCAGUCUUUUACGCACUUAUUUAGUAGACCAAAGAUGGAGAAGUCUUACAGCAAAUGAAUCCAUUCCUACUAAUAUUAGAUGCUCGGUACCCAGAGAAUUAUUUGAAAAACUUGAAUUUUUAUAUGAAAAUAAACGGGCUGUUCACAUUUGCAAUGUGAUAAAUGAAAAACCAGUUACCUAUCUAAGAGUCAAUGUUAAUAAGACAAGUAGAGAUAGAAUUUACAAGCAUUUGUUGCACAAGGGUGUGAGAGUCGAAAAAUGCGCAGAAUCUGACUGUGGACUAAUAGUUUCCGAAAAAAAAUGUCUUUUCGAAACGCCUGAAUAUCGUAAUGGAUUAGUUGAAAUACAAGAUGAAUCGACACAACUUGCCGCUAAACGAGUCUGUGUGAUGCCUGGAGAUCAUGUUAUGGAUUACUGUGCUGGAACUGGCGGUAAAAGCGUUUUAAUUGGCCAAAAUAUGACCCAAAAGGGUAGAUUAUAUCUGCAUGAUGUUAAUCAAAACUUUUUACGCAUUGCUAAACGGAGAUUACGACGCGCCGGUAUUACUAAUUAUCAUAUUUUGGACCCCAAUUUUGAAUUGAAGAAUUUGAAGAACAAAAUGAAUUGGGUUAUAGUAGACGUACCAUGUACGGCAAGUGGCGCUUAUCGCAGAAACCCGGAAAAUAAAUGGCAUUAUACGCCUAAAAAAUUGGAUACACUGGUUGUUAAGCAGCGGGAGAUUUUUGAAAAUGCUUUAUAUUACCUUAAGCCCGGAGGGAAACUAUUAUACAUCACGUGCAGUUUGUUUAAGGAUGAAAAUGAGGCGCAAGUUGAUUAUUUUUGCAAGCGUUUUGACAUGGAACUAUGCGAACCAUCGUUGUUUGAACUACCACAAUCGAAGGGUAGGGAUGGAUAUUUUGUAGCAAUUCUCACAAGAUAG